AUGGCGCUGAGAGCUCUACGUCUAGAUCAGCAGGCAGCAGGAAGACAAAAUCUUCAAGUAAAAUACUUUGAGGAUAGUAGUCUUAAAAUUACACCAAAAGAGAAACUAAGUAAAAAUGAAAAUGAAAUCAUUGCAGAUGAAAAUUGGAGUGUAAAAGAAGAGCUUGCUAACAGGAGCCUGGACAGGCCCUUUCACUCAAUUCAGCAGAUCACAGAUGAGGUAGAUGUUCAAGUGGGCCAACUCAAAGCCUUUGAUCUGGGCCUGGGAGUCGGAACUGGGGUUGUAACAGUUGUGAGCUGCCUGACACAGCUCUACAUAUUUCUCACAUUCUCUUCUUCUGAAUGCUUUCUGCUCACAGCCAUGGCUUAUGACCGGUGCCUGGCCAUUCUCAGACCACUGCUCUAUGGAACCAUCAUGAGCCAGAAAUAUUGCUCUGCAUUGGUGGUCACUGCCUGGGUGGGUGGGGCCAUCUACUCAGCCUUCCACACAUUCAACACCUUCUCCCUCCCCUACUGUGGACCCUAUGUGGUUGACUUCUUCUGUGACAUCCCUCCAGUCAUGAGACUGUCCUGCACUGACUACCAUCUCAGUGAGGAGGUGGGCUUUGUUGUGAGCAUCUGCGCUGUCAUGAGCUCCUUCGCCCUCGCAGUGGUCUCCUAUAUUGGCAUUGUGGCCACAGUUCUUCGCAUCUCCUCAGUGGAAGGCAGGUGGAAAACCUUCUCUACCUGCUCCUCUUACAUGACCACAGUCAUCUUGUUUUAUGGAACUGGAAGCUUUGUGUAUCUGAGGUCCGCCUCUCAGUACUCCCCGACACUGGGUCACCUAGCAUCUAUUUUCUAUUCUCUUGUCACACCAUCUCUGAAUCCAGUUGUCUAUUGUCUGAGGAACAAAGAUAUGAAGUCUGCUCUACAGAAACUUUAUUGUGGGACGAAGUACUGGGACCUUGAAGACUACAGUGUGUGGAUCUGA